AUGACGGGCUGCGGUCAGGGACGGCAAUGGCAUCUGUCCCUCGAGCUUUUCGAUGAGAUGGCUCGCCGAAGUUUGCCACCGGAUAAGAUCACCUUUGGUGCCCUGGCUGACACAUGCGAGCGAGCUGGCAAGUGGGACUUGGUUCUCUCACUGGUGAACAAACUGGCAGAUGGCUCGGUGCGCCCGGACGCACCGAUCUUUGGCUCCUUGAUCAGCGCUUGCGAACGUGGGCAUCGGUGGCAAGAGGCCAUGAGUUUCCUCGCGGAGAUGCGCCGAGCUGCCCUGGAACCUUCCAGUGUCUUACAGGGCGUGGCCAUCGGCGCAUGUAUCAAGGGCCAGGAGUUGGAUCAAGGAUUGGCAUUGCACCAGGCAUUGCUCGAGCAAGGAACAGUGCCGCAUGCGAUCACAAACAGCAGCCUCGUCUCAGCUUGCGUGCAACAAGGCCGCUGGGAGGAGGCUCUACGACUCGUCAAGACGAAGGGAGUCCUCAGGGCUCU